CAAAAACAAUCCUCAGAAAGCAUCAAAGCACCCUUCAAACUUAGUUUUGGAUCCUGAAGAGGAAUAAUUUGGAAGCAAAUUAGGAGAAGCUGGCCACCCAGAGCUGGCCAAUUCCAUUGACUCUUCCUUCGCAAACUCCCUAUAUAAUAUAAUGCACAUUGAUCAACUAGCACACUAAAUCACAUUCACAUACAUUGGUUAAGGCUAGGUAGUAGGCAGUGUUUCCUUCUGCUAUACAUAAAUAUAUACUAUGGCACAUCAAGGGGUAGCUGGGGUGGUGGCUAUGGUGGUUGUGAUCUGGGCUGGAGCGGUCUCUGCUCAGUCCUCGUCGAGUUGCUCGAAUGCGUUAAUCAGUUUGUCACCGUGCCUGAACUACAUCACCGGGAACACCUCCACGCCGUCCUCUGGAUGCUGCUCGCAGCUGGCCAACGUCGUUCGCUCGCAGCCACAGUGCUUGUGUGAGGCCAUAAAUGGCGGCGGCGGAUCGUCCCUGGGCAUCAAUGUCAACCAGACUCAGGCUCUGGCCCUUCCUUCGGCCUGCAAUGUCCAGACUCCUCCCAUCAGCCGAUGUAAAGCUGCUUCCCCGCCCAGUUCGCCGGCGGGCACACCGGAAUAUGAAUCUCAAGCCCCCCUUCAGGAGGAACAGGGUCUAAAACUGUGCCAUCAACUGACAGCGGCUUUCCGGCAGUGAGCUCGACCGGGGGGACGGCGACUUCUCUGCUCAUCCCCCUGUUGUUCAUUGCAUCUUAUGCUUCAAUCUCCAUUUCAUACAUAGACUGGCGCUUCUGCUUCUGACUCUUUUCAUGGCCCCCCAGAGGCUGAUUUGGUUAAUUUGAACUCUCUAUCAAACAUAAUAGUGUUACUAUUAUAUAUUAUUUGUGGGUCUAGUAAAAGUGUUAGGUUUUAGGCAUCUAUAUAUGUAAAUUGUUUCUUCUCGAGAUGAAUGCAUAAUGGAUACUUUCAUUGGCUAAAAACAAAUUGAUAAUAUCGUUA